AUGCGUUUCAUCACCGCCAUCCUUGCCCUCGCGGCUACCGCGGCUGCUGCCCCCGAGAUUAAGAGAUGGUCCUCGCUGGAUCAGAUCAGCGUGCAGGAGGCGAACGAUGCUUGCGGCAAUAACCUGGAGCUGCACUGCUGCAACAAGGAGAUUGACCAGGCCGCUGGCCACGGCGAUGUCUCGAAGAACCCGGGUGUUCUUGGUGGCCUUCUCGAUGGCGCCAGUGUCUUCGAUGAAUGCUCCCAGCUGUCGGUGGCACUUCUCAUCGGCGUUCAGGAUCUGCUGAAGUCCAAGUGCACGGCCAAGGCUGUCUGCUGCCAGCGCUCGCCGUCCAACGCUGCUGGCGGUCUCAUCAAUGCCGGCUUACCUUGCAUCGCCCUCGGAAGCCUCAUUCAGUAA